AUGCAGUUCUCCGUCAUUCUUCUUGGUCUGUUCACCGCCAUUGCCGCGGCCCAGCAGAGCCCCUUUGCUCAAUCACAAUGCUCGAAUACCGGCCGGGCGGGAUGUGAUCCCAGCAGCGAUGGUGUUCAGCGUUGUGUAGCCCUGGACGAGGUCGACCUCUGCGUUGCCGACUGUGACGCUGCGAGCACCUGCGCUUCCGACUGCAAGAGCGCCGGCUACAGCAAUGGUUACUGCACUAAGGGGUAA